AUGUGGCAUAUUACAAUCAAGGUGGCUGAGAAGUUGCCGUCAAGAUUGAGGGAUAGCACCGAUUUCAAGACCAAGUUUGGGAAAAUUGUGUGGACUGAUUUGGUUGAGCCUUAUUUUUUUGAGGAGAGUUGGAAGAAUCUUAUGGAUGAAUACGACUUGUUGGAUAAUAGAUGGUUUUCAGAUAUGUUUGAGGAUCGUUCACACUGGAUCCCGGCAUAUUUUAGAGAUGUGAGUAUGAGUGGAUUAUUCAUAACGACAUCGUUGUCAGAGAGCGAGAAUAGCUACUUCAAACGGUUUCUUAACAAGAACGGAAAUAUUAUGAUGUUGUACAUGCACUAUUGCAGUGCAUUGGAGGCUCAACGUCAUAAUUAUCAUAAGAUUACUCUUGCUGACGAGACUGGCGUUCUACCCUUGAAGACGAGCCUUAAAAUAGAGAAGCAUGCUUCAUCUAUAUACACCAACAACAUAUUCAAGGAGGUACAAGAAGAGAUAUAUGCUUCUCAAUCCUAUUGCAGCAUGUAUAAGAUGGAGGAUCAAGCCGAUGAGAGCAUAUAUACUGUGCAUGACAAUGUUGAUGGCAAAUUUGUGGUGCGACACAGACUGGAUGACAGUUAUUCAUUUUGUAACUGCAACCUGUUCGUCAGAAAAGGUAUUCUGUGCAAACACAUUUUUCUUGCUUUUCGCACAUUGCAAGUGGAUAGAAUUCCUGAUAAAUACAUAUCAAUUCGCUGGAGCAAGUUUAGAAUUUUGUCGGCCAUGGUUCCUGGACUUGAGCUCGGUAGUGCCCCUAGCCAAAAAUCUGUUAUUGGUAACAAUCAGUUUUUCAAUGUUCUUUGCAAUUGUGUUGGGUAUGUCGGUGACAAUCAAGAGCUACGUGAAGAACUACUUGCAGCCCUGAUUGAAGUGGAAAAAAGAUUUUCAAAGGAGGGCAGUAUAGAGUCUAAGAUCGAAGCUAAGCAUAGGCUUUUCAAUGAUUUUUAUGGUAUUGCACCACCUGAAACACCAUCUGUUUUACCUCCGCUCAUAGCCAAAACCAAAGGCAGUGGCACUGGUGGAAGAAGAAAAUCAAACCAAGAGAAGGCCAUGGUUCUUGCUCAGAAGCCAAUGCGUAAUUGCAAGAAGUGCAAUACGAUGGGGCAUCAUGAUUCAAGGAAUUGCCCAACAAAAAAGACUUUGCAUUGA